GUUACACCCACUUUUGUAGCUCUACUUUAUAGAGCAGAUGUUUCAUGGUAAAUGGACGUAUGUCCUGUAGGUUUAGCCGUACCGAUGCGCCGCCCUCUGAUGAACGUUAUGAUAAACGCGGUUGUUUGGUUCUGAUGUUCCGCGACGUCACGGCACUGGAGCUGCGAAGCGUUCCGCUAUUCUAAACCUUCACAAACGAUUUCGCGCCUGUACAGAUGGAGAAACAGGUUGUGGAUGGGUUGAGGGAGGUCUUCCAGUCAGGCAGAUCCAGACCCCUGCAGUACAGAAAACAGCAGCUCAGAGCCCUGCUCCGCCUCAUCACCGAACGGCAAGGGGACAUUGAACAAGCUCUAAAACAAGACCUCAACAGGAGUAUGUAUAACACUUCACUCUUUGAGCUGAUCAGCAUCGAGAAUGACAUCAAGGUGGCAGAGAGGGACAUGGUGGACUGGGCAGCUCCUCAGCCUGUGAAGAAGAAUCUCAACAGCGCACUUGAUGAUGUUUACAUAAAGCCUGAACCUCUGGGUGUCGUGCUGAUAAUAGGAACCUGGAACUACCCUUGGGCCAUGAUCCUGCAGCCCCUGGUUGGCGCUAUUGCAGCUGGCAAUGCAGCUGUGGUGAAACCAUCAGAGCUGAGUGAGCACUCUGCUAGGCUUAUGAAAGAACUGCUUCCUCUGUAUCUGGAUAAGGAGAUGUAUCAAGUGGUGACAGGAGGGAUUCCAGAGACCCAGGAGCUGCUGAAGCAACGUUUCGACCACAUCUUCUACACCGGGAGCAGCACGGUGGGGAAACUGGUUAUGGAGGCAGCUGCUCGUCAUCUCACGCCGGUGACUUUAGAACUGGGUGGGAAAAGCCCCUGUUAUAUUGACAAGAACUGUGACAUUGCUGUGGCAUGCAGACGAAUAACCUGGGGGAAGUUUGCAAAUUGUGGCCAGACAUGCAUUGCACCUGACUACAUUCUGUGUGAGCCAAGCAUCCAGGACAGGAUAAUUGAAGAGAUUCAAAAAACGCUACUGGAGUUCUACCAAAAGGAUCCUAAAAGCUCUCCGGAUUAUUGCCGAAUCAUUAACACACGUCACUUUGACAGAGUAUUGGCUCUAAUGAAUGAAUGCACUAUUGCCCUUGGAGGAGAAAGUGAUCGCUCACAGUGUUACAUAGCUCCUACGGUUCUGAAAGAUGUUUUACCCCACUUCAAAAUCAUGCAAGAAGAAAUCUUUGGACCGCUGUUGCCUAUCAUCACUGUUAAUGAUUUGAGUGAGGCUAUAAACUUUAUCAACGCAAGAGAAAAGCCAUUGGCGCUCUAUGUGUUUUCCUCUGAUAAAACGGUGAUAAAGCGAAUGUUAACUGAAACCACCAGUGGAGGAGUGACUGUAAAUGAUGUUUUGAUGCACUACACUGUCGAUACUUUACCUUUUGGAGGUGUGGGAAACAGUGGGAUGGGCAGAUAUCAUGGGAGACACACGUUCAACCAGCUGAGUCACCAUCGUGCCUGUCUCAUCAAGUCUUUUGCUAUGGAAGGUUUAAAUGAUGCCCGUUACCCUCCACUAACGGCAGCCCGACUGCGCAAAGCCAAAUUUUUCAUGCAGCAUCGCUGGUGCAGCUGCAGUGGCAUAUGUGUGUGGGCCGUCAUCGCAACCAUAUUGGCAGUCGGUCUGCUUGUUGCCUUAAUAGUUGUGCUGAUAUAGGAAGAUGCCAGUUUGAAGCAACAGAUCCCUAAGCCUGCACUGCUCUUCAUCAAGUUUUUCACUACUUAGAAUAAUUUUAAAAUCAUAUAGAAUGCUUGAAUCAUUUGUACAAGUGUUGAAUAUUCAUCUCAUUCUGAUAUAAAACAGUGUUUAAGGUUCCUUCUUUUAACUUUUUCAAAACACUAAAGCUUAUACAUGGGUUUUUCUAUUCAUGUAGAGAAUUCAAGCUGCUAAAUUGUGCAGAAUCUGCACAUUUAGAUCUAAAUGGCAAGUUAGCAUUAUUUCUGUUAUGUAGCAGUACAAUGUAGCUAUUGUUUUCCAUUGUUAUCCAGCUUAUCUUCUUUAUGCGGUGGACUUUACAGAGCUUUGGCACAUGAGCUUUCAUCUACAUUUUAACAAAUGUUUACUAAUUACUAUUUAUACUUCUUUUGUAGUUGUUAUCUAACAUUUGAUAUAUUAGUCCUGUCUAGUCUAAUACGAUGAUGAUCAAAUCUAUUAUAGUAUUAGACAGCAGAAAUCUCUGUAUAAUAUAGAAUUUUUAUAAUUUGUUACUAAUUUGUAUAAUUUUGUAUUUGAUGUUGAUUUAGUUUAAUACGUAACCAUUUCAGUAUAAUUGUACAGAUUACAAAAGCCUGACCUGAUCCUGUUUUCAAUUCAUAUCUACAACUGCCCUCAAUAUCCAGCAGAUGGCGCUCUCUUAUAAUUUAACAUCUCUUAUAAAACCUGGACCUGUGUGCGCCUUCAUCAGUAGGAUGUUGGCUUUAUUUGUGAUUCAUUUGUGAUUAUUAGGCCUACUGCUGCUCCAUGCAUUUUCUCCUUCAAGAAGUAGUUCACUUCCAGAGCAAAAAUGUACAGAUAAUGUACUCACCCCAUUGUCAUCCAAGAUGUUGAUGCCUGUCUUUCUUAAAGUUGUAAAGAAAUUAUGUUUUUUAAGGAAAACAUUUUAGGAAUUAUCUCCAUAUAAUGGACUUAA